AUGGGGUUCUUCAACCUCUUCUCCUACUGGUCCCCGCCCACGAACAAUAACAACUCUACCAACACCCACAGUCCUGACAAGUACGAGGCAGGUCGGCAGUCAUGGACGUUUAUACAAGAUGACGGAAUCGAAAUUGCUACUCAGAAGACGACCCCAUCGCCUACGAUGGAUGCAGCCUUCAAGGACUUGAUCUACGCCGAUAAACCCGUUUCCCCAGAAGCCAUCGAGCAAGAUCUCCAGAGAGACUCAAAGCUAUCAUGGAGAGGGUCAAUGAGGUUGAGUGGGAUCAAGACGCUUCUUCGCCCGCGCAGGCAUCGUCAUUCUGGCUCGGAGGCAUUGAGUGAAUCGGACAGAUUUGAUUCUACUAUUGAACAGCCAAUGCAACGCAAUAGUCUGGGCGUCUUCACCCGUUUUCCGGAUACUAUUGGCAAUAAGCGUGUCGAUUCUGACGAGACACCCACGCAAGGGUUUAGCAGCCAGCUUGCGAUCCCCGAGCAACGGAAAGUUAGUGACAAAACCGUGGAAACCAUGGCGUCAUUCGAAUCAGAGGAAACGACUUCAACUGUCUGCCGUCACCCGUCAAAAUGCCCGGCAGCCCAGGCCAUCCUAGAGAACAGAGGAUAUGUCUAUGAGAACCCGUUUGGCGAUUUCCGGCAAUUAUCCGGAUCCAGCAACCUGUCCACCGAUGCCAACACAUGCUCUGCGAGGCCGUCGAUCUCGGAAUACGGAGACGACAAUCUUUGGGCGGACCAUGGGCUUCGCUGCAGCAAACGUCGAGCCGGUAACCUACCACGAAGGAGUUCCAUUUUCAGGGACAUCUCGAACAUAUCCAAUGAAAGCACUUGGUCUGCCCAUAUCGAUCAACAGAAGACCGUUGAAGCGUUCAAUGAUAUGGCUGGCCAACUGUGCUUGCGUCCUGUGACGUUUGGCGAGGAAGCUCAUGCAGGUAAAGCCAAGAAACCCGAUUUCAGCGCCGCAGACAAGCUACAUAAACGAGAUAAGAUACUUGGCCGAAUACGAAGCAUGCGCUCCAAUAUCCAGAUGAGGUCUCAGUCCAUACCACCAGAAACGGAGCAGCGAGGAGUGCGUCGAAUGAAGACGUUCGCUAAUCUGUCCUCUCGUCCUGAUUCAUUCACCGCGCUGAAGGGCAAGUCGCUUGAGACACUCGCACGGUUAGGAGGUUAUAGUUAUCUCAAGCCCCAGGCGGACUUUGCCCCUGCUGUACUCAAGCUCCCUGUAUGUCUUGCAGCGACUGCGACUUAUUUGCAACGUUACGGCCACGAGGUAGAGAACCUCUUUUUCGACCCUGGAGACCUGAAGACUGCAUCCCGCAUAUACGAGCAUUUUGCAAACCAGGUUCUGUCGGCAGAACGAGAAGAAGACAAGAUCCAGACGACCAUGCGCAGUAACCAGAUGCCCGCGGAUAUAAUCGAGCCAUUGCAGCGAGAUACGACUCCUAAGCAGCCGCCACCAUACGUUCUCAGUGUGGCUUGGGUCUUCAAAGCCUUGCUAGCGGGUAUCCCUGAUGGAAUUCUAGGAUCCAAGGAGCUCUAUCAGGUUUUGGUGGACAUCUCGUACGGACGUCAACCGUACAUAUUCAGCAAGCGGAAAUCAAAGAACCAAUCAAAAGCACCACCAGAAGCAGAAGUGGAUCGGCAGUCGAAAUCGGAGACAGGAUCGCAAUCGAAACAGCAGCUAGUAUCGCCGUCAGAGCCGCAGGUCAAAGCGCAGAAGCGACCGGAUGAUUGCUUGGAGGGGCUGACGCCAUGGGAACACACUCAGACCAAGGCGAUCGCGCUGGCGAUCCUGUCAUUGACGAACAAGAUGCAUCUUGAACUCAUCUGUGCGGUGUUUGGGUUGUGCGAGGUACUUCUCCAUGAGGUGCAGCGACAUAUUGAGGAUCAGUGGGUGCGUAACAUCCCGAGAAAAGAGCGACUUCGACCUAGUUGGGCAGCGGGCCUCUUGGAUGUGGAUCGGUUAAGUCGGACUUUGGGACCUUUGCUGACCAACCGGAUAUCUCAUGGAGACGAAAAGCUCUGUUCCGAAUAUCGAAUGGUACCAAGUGCGUUGCAGGAAGAGCGGGUGGUGAGGAUGCUGUUGGAGCAUUGGCGCGGCGUGAGUCGCCAGUUGCGAUGGUGGGAACACUGCGGAUGCCCUCCAGAGCGGGUGAUUUUGCCGCCGGAAGAGGAGGAGCAGAGCAUGAAUCAGGACGAACAACAAGAGAUGCAAAUCGAAAUCGAAGGGGUGGAAGAGGAACGUCGUGCGGAAAAAGGGACCUCUGGUCUUUAA